AUGAUGAUGAUGGAGCGCGGCAGAAGUGGCACGUGGCGUGCCAGAAGAUCACCGCGUACAGAGACGUCGGGCUCUGUGAGGCAGCGCAUGGCGCUGGAGGAUGUCCAAAUGAAGACCGUGACAUUGAAGUGCAGUGCGUUCCUGCGCAUCACGGGGGAUCCAGUGCGCCAGGUGCUGAAAGGCGGUUUUGGCCGCUCACAAAAUAAUCUGCUCCGAGGAGAGCAAGUGGCUCUACUCAGUGGAGAACAAAAGAAUCGGCUCAGUAGAGAGCAAGUGAAUCUGCACAGUGGAGAGCAAGUGGCUCUACUCGCGUGCGCGCUGUCCAAGGGCGAGCCUGGUUGA